GGAGAGCAGAAAGUGACAAAUAUAAACAGUAGGACGACUGUGUUGAAGGAAAUUACCUCCCAGAACCAUUGGCAUUCGGCCAACUCUGAGACAUUCAUCCAUUUUCUCCUUAGCAUGACUCAAGGGUAAGCAUGGAGGUGGAAGGAAGAAACAGUGAGAAAUAGCAAGUCGACCAAAGACAGAGAGAGCAAGAGCGAGACAAGAGAAUGAGACAGACAGCGUCAGAGCGAGAGACGGAGCGAACCUGAGAGAGCAAGACAGAGAACCUGAGAGAGUGAAAGACCGACAGAGCGUGAGACAGAGAGAGGACAUCUGAACGUUUUCAACCUGUGAUAACGUAGAAACUGGUAUGUUCUAGGGAGUACACAAACCAAAAGACACCGGCGCCUGGACUACAAGUCAGAGAACCAACUCUUCACCUAACAUCCCCUUUACUGUGGUGGUACAACCUUUGCUUGGAUUACUGCCCGGAACAAGCUCGAGGCGACCUGUUCAGUUUUGGAGCGGCGGGGCUUUGUCGAUUGUGACGUGGCCCUUUUGGUUUGUACGCGGAGUCUGAGGAUGAGCUACCGCCCUGUGUGCUGGCUCUGAGCUGCCCUCCACUGCCCUCCCCCGUGCCUGUGGGACCCUGUGAUCAUGCUGGCCAAGCCCCCUGAGCCAGCCAGAGCAGAACCACGACCCGUGCCCAGGUCAGCCAUCCCUUCCACAGCAGGAUGUCCCAGCCAGAUGCGGUCCCGCUGGGGACCAACGGCUCGGGGGCCGGGGAGGUGGCCGGGGCUCAGCUGCACUGGGCUGCUCUGCUCAUCAUCAUGGUUAUCAUCCCCACCAUCGGGGGCAACAUCCUGGUCAUCUUGGCUGUGUCGCUGGAAAGGAAGCUGCAGAACGCCACCAACUACUUCCUGAUGUCCCUGGCAGUGGCCGACCUGCUGGUGGGACUCCUGGUGAUGCCCAUCGCCCUCAUCACUGUGCUAUACAAUUCCGGGUGGCCUCUUCCGGAGUUCCUCUGCCCAAUCUGGCUCUUCCUGGACGUCCUGUUCUCCACAGCAUCCAUCAUGCACCUGUGUGCCAUCUCACUGGACCGCUACAUAGCCAUCAAGAAACCCAUUCAGCACAGCCAGUAUAAGUCCAGGUCCAAAGCCAUGGCCAAGAUAGCAGUGGUGUGGCUCAUAUCCAUUGGUAUCGCAAUCCCCAUUCCCAUCAAGGGGCUGAGAAACUACCAUCUUCCAAACAAUGUCACCUUUAACAGCAACCACACCUGCCUACUGAAACCAGACAGCUUCCGAGAGUUCAUCAUGUAUGGCUCCAUGACAGCUUUUUUCAUCCCUUUAACCAUCAUGAUGGUCAUCUACCUGCUCACCAUUCAGGUGCUGCGCAAGAAAGCUUUUCUGCUCAGGUCAAAGGUCACCCAGCGCUUCACUCGCCCAACAGUCUCCACAGUCUUCCAGAGGGAGCAGUCCAUGGCCUCUCCCACAACUGAGAAACUGCCAGGAAAUCCCACCGCUCCUACCAUGACAAAUGAAGAUAUCCCCACCCGUCGCAUGUCCACCAUGGGCAAGAAGUCCAUGCAAAACCUGACCAAUGAGCAGCGUGCCUCUAAGGUGCUGGGCAUCGUCUUCCUGCUGUUUGUGGUCAUGUGGUGCCCAUUCUUUAUCACUAACAUCACCUCUGUGCUUUGUGCGAGCUGCAACGUCUAUGUGAUCGGCCGUCUGAUGGAGAUCUUUGUGUGGGUGGGCUACGUGUCAUCUGGUAUCAACCCGCUGGUCUACACCCUCUUCAACAAGACUUUCCGCCAGGCCUUCACACGCUACAUCACCUUUAACUACAGCAGCAUCAGUAAUGGGCCAGCCAGCCAUACAAGGGAACAGCAUGGCUGCAGGAAUCUAACAAGGAUCUCCUUCCGUUCAUCUGUGGCAGAGAACUCUAAGCUGUUCAUGAAGCGGGGAAUGAAAAACGGCAUCGGGCCAGUGUGCUAUCAGAGUCAACUGAGCCGAAGGCAAGCACCAAUACAGUCCUCUGGCAGCGUUCUACUGGACACUCUGCUCCUUACCGAGAAUGAGGAUUGCAAAUCCGAAGAGCAUGUCAGUUACUUGUAGGCCUUUCGGAAAAUACAGUCAGCAAAAGGGAAACAAUUAGAACCAGAAAGUCAGAUGUAAGAGGCACCCAAGGCUUGAGUUGUGAGCUCCCCAGGGGAUUACCUUCCAUGAGCAUCACAUGGAUUAUUUUCUAGUCAAGAAAACAGUGUGCUCUCAGGGGGAAAACAAAAAGAUGUAGAUUUCUGUCAAACAAAUAAGAGGCCCUCUGUACAGAGAUAGCUGAACAGUAUGCAUAAAAUGAGACAACAGGUGUGUUGAGGUGGUUGCCCUCAAUAAAAGAUAAGCUGACAAGGGUCAGGUCGGACUGUUCUUAAGAAACCCGCCAGACAGAUAAAUACAUAAGGAAUGAAGACAUAUGACUGUCUGGAAACUCUCUCAGUGGAUACAAUGUAUAUUCCAAUGCUAAUCCUGUCACCUUGGGCUAUUUAGUUCUCUGCUAUGGACAAUUUCCAUUGAGGAGAUGGCAUUUUUACCUAUUGAGAGGACAAACACUUCACCUUCACACAAAAUAGUUUAUAAAUACCACCCAUUUUAAUUGCAAUUUUUGGUAAGUGCUUUUAUGAAUAUUAACAGAUUUAUUGUAUAGUCACAGGUCCUAUUUUCCCAAACUGUUAUAGCAUCCAAAAUGGAUUCAUAUAUAUAAAAUGCAACAAAGACAAAACCUUUGCAAAUGAGAAGCUUGUAAAAUACAAAUGUAUAGCCUACAGAUAGAUAUGUAUUUAGCAUAAAAUUCCUGGUUCAUAAAUUGAUAAAAGUGCUUUGCUAAAA